AUGAAUUUACUUUUAAGGAAAUCACUUAAGGUUGAUGUCUUAGGUGACUCUCUUUAUAUGAAGAUCCGCGAUCAUCAAGAAGAGGCGAUCACAGUAGACAUCUUUAAGGGACCAACGCUAUACAUUGACGGUCAUCGAAUGAAAGCAGCUAAGUGUCCUUCAGAUGAACUUGCUAUAACAAAUUGUGCAUUGAUUAAUCCAGAUGACUUUCCCAGUGAUGUCAAGCAUAUUGAGGUCUCCACUGGCCCCUCCCAGCAUUUUGUCUUCAGCAUCAGGUUUUAUAGUGGUGUAGAUCGUGGUACAGUGGGAUUUUCAGCGCCACAACGAAAAUGGGCAACCCUUUCUAUUGGUCAGACUAUAGAUGUAAAGCCAUUCAAAGUACAGAAUGCAGAAUGCCUUUGCAAUGUAAUCAUAGAAGCAGAUUUUAUGCUGAAGAAAACUACUUCAUUGGAUCCAUACGAUUCGGAGCAGAUGGCACGAGACUUCCUUAUUCAGUUCUCCAACCAAAUAUUCACAGUUGGUCAACAGUUGGCAUUCUCAUUUCAAGACAAGAAAGUUUUGUCCUUGUUCAUCAAGAAUUUGGAAGCUGUGGAUGUACAAGCGUUAGCGGCAGGUAAAAACGCAGUUCCACGCCGUGUAAGGAUGGGUCGGUUGCUGCCAGACUGCAAUGUGCAGUUUGAUAAGGCAGAGAAUUCUUCGCUCAAUCUCGUCGGUAAAGCCAAAGGGAAACUACCACGUCAAUCCAUCAUAAAUCCCGAUUGGGACUUUGGAAAAAUGGGCAUUGGCGGUUUAGACAAAGAGUUUAAUGCUAUAUUCAGGCGUGCGUUCGCAUCAAGAGUUUUCCCACCGGAAGUUGUUGAACAAUUAGGUUGUAAGCACGUGAAAGGUAUUUUGCUAUUCGGUCCACCUGGUACUGGUAAAACUUUGAUGGCCCGACAAAUCGGUAAAAUGUUGAAUGCACGCGAGCCGAAAAUAGUGAACGGCCCACAAAUAUUGGACAAAUAUGUCGGCGAGAGCGAGGCCAAUAUUCGACGUUUGUUUGCCGAUGCAGAAGAAGAGGAAAAGAGGUGUGGUCCUAACAGCGGUCUUCAUAUAAUUAUAUUUGAUGAGAUCGACGCCAUUUGCAAAGCAAGAGGCUCCGUUGGUGGCAAUACUGGAGUUCAUGACACCGUCGUUAAUCAACUGUUGUCCAAAAUUGAUGGUGUGGACCAGCUAAAUAAUAUUCUAGUAAUCGGUAUGACCAAUCGUCGUGAUAUGAUUGAUGAGGCAUUAAUGCGACCUGGACGACUCGAGGUCCAAAUGGAGAUAGGUCUUCCAGACGAGAACGGCAGAGUUCAGAUCUUGAACAUACACACUAAACGUAUGCACGAAUAUAAGAAAAUCGCUGAAGAUGUCGAUUGCAAGGAACUUGCCGCCCUCACAAAGAAUUUCUCAGGAGCUGAGCUUGAAGGUCUUGUCCGUGCAGCUCAGUCCACUGCAAUGAACAGACUGAUCAAAGCCUCCAGCAAAGUAGAAGUUGACCCUGAGGCUAUGGAGAAACUGAUGGUAGAACGACUGGACUUCUUGCACGCCCUCGAGAAUGAUAUUAAGCCUGCUUUCGGUACGGCGGCGGAAGCCCUCGAACAUUUCUUGGCUCGAGGUAUCAUCAACUGGGGCUCGCCUGUUUCAUCUCUGCUCGAAGACGGGCAGCUUUACAUUCAACAAGCUAGAGCUACUGAAGCUAGCGGUUUAGUGUCAGUGCUCCUAGAAGGUCCACCUAACAGUGGAAAGACAGCUUUGGCCGCUCAACUGGCCAAACUUUCAGACUUCCCAUUCGUGAAAGUCUGUUCCCCUGAGGACAUGAUCGGUUUCACUGAAUCCGCGAAGUGCUUGCAGAUUAGGAAAUACUUCGACGAUGCUUAUCGCUCAAGUCUCUCGUGCAUUCUCGUGGACAAUAUUGAGAGACUGUUGGAUUACGGCCCGAUUGGCCCGCGAUACUCCAACUUAACACUUCAAGCUCUACUAGUGCUGUUGAAGAAGCAGCCGCCUAAGGGCAGGAAACUACUUAUCCUGUGCACUAGUAGCCGUCGGCAAGUGCUAGAAGAUAUGGAGGUGCUAUCAGCAUUCACGGGCGUGUUGCAUGUACCCAAUCUGUCUCAACCGGAGCAUGUUCUCGCAGUUUUAGAAGAGAGCGACGCAUUCUCCAAGCGAGACCUCGCUAAGAUACAAAACGAUCUAAGGGGCGCUAAGAUAUUCAUUGGAAUCAAGAAACUUUUGGCUCUAGUCGAUAUGGUUAAACAGACAGACGAAGAGUACCGAGUGUUCAAAUUCCUCACUAAGAUGCAGGAGGAGGGUUGCGUAGAUCUCGGCACCACUGGAUUACAUGCGCAUACCACUCUCACGCCCUCACCAAAUCAGGCUUACACACACUCUCCGAGAAACCAUAUCGCUAAAGCAACAGAAUGCUCGCCUUGUGCUUCUGACCUUCGAAGCUUCGAGAUAGAUUAUGACGACGUCAGCGAAUGCACAGAAUCAUUGAUCGACAUCAGCCAUAGUAAAAAAGGAAUGACCGCUAGAGGAAAUGAAAUAUCACCAGCCAAAAUGCCUCUCAUGAGAAUACGAAGUGUCGAAAUUGUGUUUGAAGAUGAAAUGUCCACUUGCGCAGACGCCGCCCUGUUAGAUAAAAGUAUCGAACUCAUAUCGGAUAGUGACGAUUCCACCAAAUGCGUCGAUGAAAUAGAUAAUUUACAAGGAGAGAAAGACGAAGAAGACAAUUCGGUGACUCUCAAUCCAGACGACUUGUCCGAGGACAAUUCCGUUUCCCCAACUAAUAUUCCUAUCAUCGAAGAAGUACCAACAACUGUUAGUUCACAACAGGAACGUUUGGAUGUGGAUGACACCAAUGUGCCGAGUGAAUGUGUGACAUCAGCUUUGGAAGAUUCUUCGUCUCUGAACAUAUCAGAAGUGGCCGAUUCAGGACGUUUCACAGAAGACGCGUGCACUUCAAACAUGGAAACGGUCCCAAUAUUAUCGUACGAAGACGCUUUACUUUCGAGUUCAUUCGACGCCAUCGCUUUGGAUAACGCUGCUGCAUCGAAAUCUCAAGAUGUCGAAGACGUCUGUAGAUUCUUAGAGUGCAAAGGUAAGCUGUUUGAAUACAUAGAUAGUAAUAGUGACAGUUCAGAUAACACAGCUGUAUGCGAUGUGGAGUACUCGCCGACGAACCAAUUGGCAUCUCUUCGCGAUAUCGUAGACGACGACAGCACAGUCUGCGAAAGUUCCGAUUUACAAUACGACUCUUUUAUCGACAUGGGAAAGUUUUGA